AUGGAAUCGCAGAAUCAGAUUCAACAGGAGGAUGGCAAUGGUGGUGGUGGUGCAGGAGGAGGCAGCAACAAGAGUAGCUUUUUGUGCAGGCAGUCGAGCACCAGGUGGAUACCAACAGCGGAGCAGAUACGUAUUCUGAGAGAGCUCUAUUAUAACAAUGGGGUGAGGUCUCCCAGUGCCGAGCAGAUACAGAAGAUAUCGGCCAGGCUCAGGCAGUAUGGCAAGAUAGAGGGGAAAAACGUGUUCUACUGGUUCCAGAACCACAAGGCGAGGGAGAGACAGAAGAAGAGGCUGAGCACCGACGCGGCCGUGCAGCAGAGGUGCGCUGCCGUCGGGUGGAGCUCCUGCUCCGACGAUUUCUCUCCCAAGUUCACCUCCUCCUCCACUUCCCUCCUCCAUACCAGUGCUCCUGGAAUUUCUUCGUGUGGAGCAAGCAUAGUCUGUGGGGGGCAGAUGACUGGUGUUAGCUCUGCCCUGGUGGAAAGAGGUAGCUUUCGGGACCGGUACUGGGAGGGUGGCUUCUGUUCAGGGUCGACUGGGGGGAUGACCGAGACGAGUGCGGACACGUAUGGUUGUUUCGGCCAACAUGAUUCGGACGAGACGCAUGGGGCGGACGGGGACAUCGAGACUCUUCAGCUCUUCCCCCUGCGUGGUGGGGAAAACUCGGAAAUCGGUUCUGACAAGCCGGAAGCAGACGAGUUCUAUCCGAGCUGGUACUUCGGCGACGCCGGCGGCGAACAAGGAGCGUCCCUUGAGCUCACGCUCGGCUCCUUCCCCACCGCCGAUGGCUUCCUCCGGGGGUCCGGCUCCGCUGGCAUAGGUGGGUUCUGUCCCGGUUCUUAA